CGUACCUGCAUUUUCUUAAUUACUUCCCAGUUAGCAUUUGUAUUAAUCUUCUUUUCAAACCCCUCUCUCUUUCUCCCUCUACAUGGGUUCACUCAAACCAGAAGUAUCUCUUGAGGUUCCACCCUACCUUAGAGUUUACAACGAUGGAACCAUAGAGAGACUAGCAGGGAUCGCAGUGACCCCUGCAGGACUUGAUCCUCGAACUGGUGUUACAUCAAAAGACAUCCUCAUCGUGCCCGAAACCGGUGUCUCCGCCAGGCUCUACCGUCCUCCUGAUUCCACCACCCACCACCCCAAACUGCCCCUUGUUGUCUAUUUUCACGGCGGAGCAUUCUGCAUAUCCUCUGUUCAAGAUCCCUUCUACCACAACUCUCUCAACGCACUAGUUGCCCAAGCAAACAUCAUUCUUGUCUCGGUGGAUUACAGAAAUGCCCCCGAGCACCCCCUCCCGGCCGCCUACGAUGACUCCUGGGCCGCCCUUCAAUGGGUGGCUUCACAUACUUCAGGCGGUGGCGGUGGCGGCGGCACUGAGGCUUGGCUUAAGGAGAGUGUUGACUUUGAAAGGGUGUUCUUGGCUGGUGAUAGUGCUGGUGCAAAUAUCGCACACCACAUGGCAAUCUAUGUCGGGUUAUCGGACCGGGUCAACGGGUUGAAAUUUAUCGGGAUCAUUUCGAUAAACCCAUACUUUUGGGGAGAGCAACCAAUUGGGUCGGAGGUUACGGAUCCGGUGAGAAAAGAAAUGGUGGAUAAUUGGUGGCGAUUCGUUUGUCCAUCGGAUAAGGGAAGCAACGAUCCGCUUAUCAACCCUUUUGUAAAAGGAGCUCCGAGUCUCGAAAACUUGGCGUGUAGUCGGAUACUGGUAUGUAUCGCGGAGAAAGACAUAUUGAAGGAUAGAGGGAUGCUUUAUUAUGAGUCACUUAUGAAGAGUGGGUGGGGUGGAGUUGCAGAGAUUUUAGAGACAAAAGGGGAAGAUCAUGUCUUCCACAUCUUUGAUCCAACUUGUGAGAAGGCAGUUGACAUGAUUAAGUGCUUGGCUUCUUUCAUAAACCAAAAGUAACAUUUGUGUUUUGUGUGUGUGAUAUUGUCACAAGAUCCAACCAGUUAUAAGUUUAUUGUAAUAUUUUGUGUUUUGAAAGUUGUUUGUUGUUAUUAUGUGUUGCUUAUAGAUAUAUCAAUGGCAAUUUAUAAAUAAAACUAAGCAAACUAUAGAAUGUGCUUUUAUGUAUAAAAAAAGAGACAUGGAAUGUGCAAUACAGUUCGGAUUGCAAUAAUGAAUUAUUUGUCUUGUUCUUUGUUAA